ACCUUUGAGACUGUUACCAAUCCUCCACCUCUCAUAUCAGCUACUGAUAAAGGUCUUACAUGAAUGAAUCUCUCAAACAACACAACCGAAAGUAACAUAAGGUCAAUGGUGUUGGAAAUUUAGCUUGGAUUUUGUUUGUGUGGUCUGUUUGACUAGUAUCUACAGCGUUUCACUUUAACAGGCAUGCUGUCCUUCAUUUCCUGGUUAGUCCCAAGUAUUCCUACUUGGUUAACACCAGGCACUGAUCCUUUACAUAGUAUUUUACAAGGAAUAGUGGGUGCUUGUGGAAUUUUGGUUCUUCGUAACCUUUUAAGGGUUUACUUGUUUGUUGAUGCUCAAAGUGUUGCAGAUGCUGAUACGGACCAUAAGAAAACAAACAAACGAAAUGGAGGUCUAACAGAGAUAAUUCAGUUCUGGAUCCUUACUGGGGUUCUUUCCAUCGUGGGGUCUCGCGUUGCAUCUCUGGUGGUUUUAGAGUUCUCUCUCCGUGUCAUUUCAGCACGGAUCACAGGAGGAUCAGACUCAGUAAUUGAUCCAUUGUUACUGCUGCUCAUCCAAUGCCAGUUUUCCUUAGGAUGUGCGCUCAGCUGCAGCAUAAAUUUCCUCCAUGAGGGGGCACCACAAGCAUGGUUAAACCUCAUCCUUGCAGUUGGAGUGAGCUGGUUUUUGUCAAGUCAGUGCUGUAAACUAUGGCAACAUGUACAGAGAAUGUAUCCAAUACACAGCACACAGCGCUAUUGUGGACUCUGCAUUGGACUCCUAACUACGGGCUCUUCUAUAUUAACUUGGCUUUGCACUGCCCUGAUUUUAACUUUUAGCGUGUCUGGAAUUGCUGCCAUAUCAAACAUAAACCAACAAUUUCUAUCAACUACCGAGGCUCUGAGAUUUUGGACACCACUUACAAUCUGCUACACUCUACUGGUUGUGUAUAUGAAUGAGGAUCGACAUCAGCCUGGCCAGCAAAUUCUUCUGAAUACAGUUGUUGUGCGACUGGGUGGACUUUUUGUUUUACUGAUUACGGUGGGCAGGUGGUCAGAUGUACUCCAUGUCCUAAUCUGCUUCAUUGGUGAAGCUGUGUGCCUGUUACUUUCUCAAGACCUUUUGGAAGAGAUAUAUAAGCAUGUCACCCAUGUGCCCAAAAGCUCUUUAAAAAGGCCCGUAAACCAGACUGAACCAAAGAAAUGGGAAAAAUUCGACUGAGCCUGAAUGAAAACACGCUAGGCUUCAUUUAGCUUGUGAAACGGAAGACAAGCAGCAAGACUUUCUGUACACAAAAUAACAUUGUCAAAAAUGAACCUUAUUUGUAAACAAUUCCAUCAAGGACUGUGGUUUGUAUGAAACAAUGUACAUUUGUAUGAAGCAUCAUGCAUCAUUCUUUUAGUGGUGCAUAAACAAAAACCCUUUCAAGUGACUUACAUCAAUACAAUAAAGCUAGCUGAUAUCUAUAUUUGUGGUGAAUUAAAUCCCCAUACUUCACACAUACAUAUAGCCUAACACUUUUAUUUGAAUAACACAUUUCAAGUCUCUAGAGACGUUUCCUACCAGCUUAGUAUAACGUCACGGAAUUCCACGGGAAACAUAAUACAGCAAUUGUAUAACUUAUUUUAAUCAAAACGAACUCACACAUCAUCACAGUUAAAGAUAACCAUUUUAUUUGAACACUAAGAUUUACAUGCAGCCCACUCACAAAGCUAUUAUUUUGUUUACAUCUCUGUAACAAUUUCCUCUCAAGAGUCUAUGGGAUCAGAGCAAACUUAACUUGAACUCAAAAAUAGCUCAGGAAACAAAAUGGCCGUAGCGCGUUGUAUUCUUUUGUUGUGCUGGGUCCCGUCUAUUCUAGGUCAUGCUCAAAAUGGCGUCAUAUUUCAAAGAACAUUCUGGCGUCAACAGUUGCUUUAACGAUUAAACACCCCAAAACAUCACAACUGUUUGUGACGUUUAAAAUCGCUGAUAUGUUUAAACUGCACUUAUUUUCCAUUGCAACAGCACUUUCAAUAGUUUAAUAUGUUGUAAGGCAGUACACGAACGACGCACCUCUCUCUCUCUCUUUUAAACUAACGUUACAUAUUCCACAAUUUCUUGGAUUUUUUUACAAUUCCGUCGUUUCCUGUCAAAUAAAUACACAUUACGGUUACGUUUUCAAGACAGUAACGUUAAAUCAAUUCCUUUCCUUAGACGUUAGCCACACCGCCUGUUGUUGUUUGGGAACGGAGAAAGAAGAAUAUUAGUGUCCAAGUGUCCAGGGGAUUCAUUUAUUGUAUAACAUGAAACACUGGAUAGGUCUGAAUUGCGCUUUUGUAUUUCCAACGUGUAACAAAUCCAAUCCCAAAAGUACUGUCAAUGGAUUUUAUUAGCUCUAAUCCAGAAAUAUUAAGGAUUUAGGCAGAUCCAUAAAAUCCAUACAAUUCCAGUGAAGACUCGAAGAUUUUGUGGCUUGCCCAAGAUAGACCCCGCUCCACCUCGGAGCAAGUUUGAGAAUUUUCUGUCCGUCUGUGGGUCUGUAAUCGCUCUUUGUCAAACCUCUGUGGGCGUGUUAAGGCGCAUGCGAAAUCCAGCCAUUGCGGUCCCUGUUUUG